GGCCAGUGGGUCAGGAGGCGGGCUGGACGAGGAGGCCUUAAGCCGCUCUGCUCGCAGCUGCAAUUUGCGAACCCACCGUGAUGAAAUCGAGCUCUGGGCAAAUCAGAGGCGCCUGUCAACUUCCCAGGUGGGACUGCCUGGGGCGAGCAGACUGAAGCAGCCGAGCAGGCGGCGGGCAGCUGCAGAGGGCUUCGGAGAGAGCCCAGCAUGGCUGCAGGAGGCUCCGCGCGGCCGGGCCAGGUCCUGUCUCUGUUCACGUUGGCCAUCGGGGUGCACAUCUGCUUAGGAGCCACAGUGAGCCGAGUUAAGAGGGCGGAAGGCUGGGAGGAAAGCCUCCCCUCAGUCCUGUCAGACUCUCCCUGGACCAACACCUCCGGCUCCUGCAAGGGCAGGUGCUUUGAACUUCAGGAGGUCGGACCCCCAGACUGCCGCUGUGACAACCUGUGUAAGAGCUACAGCAGCUGCUGCCACGACUUCGACCAGCUGUGUCUGAAGACCGCUCGCGGCUGGGAGUGCACCAAGGACCGGUGCGGAGAGGCUCGCGACGAGGAGCACGCCUGCCACUGCUCGGAGGACUGCCUGGCGCGCGGGGACUGCUGCACCAACUACCACGUGGUUUGCAAAGGAGAAUCACACUGGGUGGACGAUGACUGCGAGGAGAUCAAGGCCCCCGAGUGUCCGGCCGGCUUUGUCCGGCCGCCUCUCAUCAUCUUCUCGGUGGAUGGCUUCCGAGCGUCCUACAUGAAGAAGAGCACCAAGCUCAUGCCCAACAUCGAGAAGCUGAGGUCCUGUGGCACGCACUCUCCCUACAUGAGGCCCGUGUACCCGACCAAAACCUUCCCCAAUCUGUACACCUUGGCCACUGGACUGUAUCCAGAAUCGCAUGGGAUUGUGGGCAACUCCAUGUACGACCCUGUGUUCGACGCCACUUUCCACCUCCGAGGGCGCGAGAAAUUCAACCACCGCUGGUGGGGCGGUCAGCCGCUGUGGAUUACAGCCGCCAAGCAAGGGGUGAGAGCUGGAACCUUCUUUUGGUCGAUCUCCAUCCCACAUGAGCGGAGGAUCCUCACCAUCCUGCAGUGGCUCUCCCUGCCAGACCACGAGAGACCAUCCGUCUAUGCCUUCUAUUCUGAACAACCUGAUUUCUCUGGACACAAGUACGGCCCCUUCGGCCCUGAGAUGACAAAUCCGCUGAGGGAUAUUGACAGAACCAUGGGGCAACUCAUGGAUGGAUUGAAGCAACUCAAGCUGCACCGGUGUGUGAAUGUCAUCUUUGUCGGAGACCAUGGCAUGGAAGAUGUCACCUGUGAGAGAACUGAGUUUCUAAGCAAUUACCUGACCAACGUGGAUGACAUUACCUUAGUGCCCGGGACCCUGGGGAGAAUCCGGCCCAAGUCUAACACUAAUGCUAAAUACGACCCUAAGGUCAUCGUGGCCAAUCUCACGUGUAAAAGACCAGACCAGCACUUCAAGCCUUACCUGAAGCAGCACCUCCCCAAACGUUUGCACUAUGCCAACAACAGAAGGAUCGAGGAUGUCCACUUGCUGGUGGACCGCAGGUGGCACGUGGCAAGCAGGAAACCUAUGGAUUCUUCUAAGAAACCUACAGGCAAGUGUUUCUACCAGGGCGAUCAUGGAUUUGAUAACAAGGUCAGCAGCAUGCAGACCGUUUUUGUAGGUUAUGGCCCGUCAUUUAAAUACAAGACUAAAGUGCCUCCAUUUGAAAACAUUGAGCUUUAUAAUGUCAUGUGUGAUCUCCUGGGAUUAAAGCCAGCUCCGAAUAACGGGACCCACGGAAGCCUCAAUCACCUGCUGCGUAGCAGCACCUUCCGGCCGGUGAUGCCGGAGGAAGUGAGCAGGCCAAACUACCCGGGAGUCAUGUACCUGCAGUCGGACUUCGACCUGGGCUGCACCUGUGAUGAUAAGAACAAAUUGGAUGAACUCAACAAACGCCUCCAUACCAAAGAGUCCACCGAAGAGAGGCAUCUCCUGUAUGGACGGCCUGCAGUGCUUUACCGGACCAGAUACGACAUCUUGUACCACACUGACUUUGAAAGCGGCUACAGUGAGGUUUUCCUGAUGCCUCUCUGGACCUCCUACACCGUCGCCAAACAGGCUGAGCUCUCUGUUAUCCCCGAGCACCUGAGCAGCUGUGUGCGCCCCGACGUCCGCAUCUCUCCGGGUUUCAGCCAGAACUGCCUGGCCUACAAAAACGACAAGCAGAUGUCCUACGGCUUCCUCUUCCCGCCCCAUCUGAGCUCUUCGCCAGAAGCUAAAUAUGAUGCAUUCCUCGUAACCAAUAUGGUGCCAAUGUACCCUGCUUUUAAACGAGUGUGGAAUUAUUUCCAGAGAGUGUUAGUGAAGAAAUACGCUUCGGAGAGAAAUGGUGUUAACGUGAUAAGCGGACCGAUUUUUGACUAUGACUACGACGGCCUGCAUGACACAGAGGACAAGAUUAAGCAGUACGUGGAAGGCAGCGCCAUCCCGGUGCCCACUCACUACUACAGCAUCCUCACCAGCUGCCUGGACUUCACGCAGCAGGCUGACAAGUGCGACGGGCCCCUGUCCGUGUCGGCCUUCGUCCUGCCACACCGGGCCGACAACGACGAGAGCUGCAGUAGCUCGGAGGAUGAGUCGAAAUGGGUGGAGGAGCUCAUAAAGAUGCACACGGCUCGGGUGCGGGACAUUGAACAGCUCACCAGCCUGGACUUUUUCCGGAAGACCAGCCGCAGCUACCCGGAAAUCCUGUCCCUCAAGACCUACCUGCAUACGUACGAGAGUGAGAUUUAGCUUCCCAGCCAUGCGUGGCCCAGCCUUAGCACCUGGUGUAUAUUUUUAUAUUGUGUUUGUAUUUAUUAAUUUGAACCAAGACAUUUAAGAAAAAAACACCUUAGUAUUUUAAUCCUGUACCAGAUCGGACGUAUUAAGCCUGAAUGAGUCGUCCACUGCUCUUCUCUAACGCUUGAUUUAGGUAGCCUCGAGUUCCAAGUACAGCUUGUAAUGAACAGUGCAGCUUGAGAGUGUGGUGGGAGCGUCUGGGGGCUGCAGACCGCAUAUCUGCAUUGAGGAAAUAUUAGUUUUCCAAUGCAGGUUGCCAUAUGUAGUCCUGUACUGAAAUACUGAUUUUGUAAAGUUGCAUUCAUUUGCUGUUAACUACAACAGAUGUAUUUAAGCCUUGUAGACCAAUCUUAAAUAUAAUAAAUCACAUGUUCAGUUUUC